UUAAAAUUUGCUUGUAACCCACCGGAAAAAAACCUUCAACAUGGAUGACCAAGUGUGCCCGCGUUGUAAAACGACCAAAUACCGAAAUCCCUCCCUGAAGCUGAUGGUAAACGUUUGCGGUCACACAUUGUGCGAAAGCUGUGUAGAGCUGCUGUUCCUGAAAGGGUCCGGUUCGUGUCCGGAGUGUAAUGUGGCACUGCGGAGAAGCAACUUCCGUGUGCAGCUAUUUGAAGAUUCCAACGUCGACAAGGAGGUACAGAUACGGAAGCGCAUACUGAAGGAUUUCAACAAAAAGGAGGAUGAUUUUGCAUCGCUGGACGAGUACAAUGAUUAUCUGGAAAUGAUUGAAGAGCUCGUGUAUAAUCUCUGCAACAACAUCGACAUCAUCAACACGAACAAACGGAUCGAACAGUACAAGCGCGACAACAGGGACGUGAUAAUGAAGAAUAAGAGCAAACUGAGCAAGGACGAGCUGGAGCUGGAACAGAUUGUCGAGUACGAGAAGGAGCAGUUUGAACAGCGCCGCAAGGAACUGGCCAUGAUAGAGGCGGAGAAUCGGAAGCAGAAAACGAAAAACAAGGAGGAACUGAUCGAUUCGCUGAUGGCCAGUUACGAGGAUGCGAGUGCGAUUGUGGACAAGUUUACCCAGAAGGCAGAACAAUCGCAGAUUCAGUUGCCGAAACCAGUCGCUCCGCCACCUGUUGCAAAGCAGACACACUUUUCGUCGGGUAUCGCGACCGGAUUUCAAGGACAGCACGGGUUCCUGGCUGUUCCGAAGCUGGAAGAGGGGCCACUGUUUACGUAUGAACCUCAAGGAUUCGAAACGGAUGGACCGACACCGCCCGCGCUAGAGGAAGUGAUCGAAAGUGGCUACAUAAGGCAUAUACGACUGGAAAAUCUGGCAGAAAAAGCGGGUGGUUUCCAAACGAACAUUUCUUGUCUACGGGCGAUUCAGGAAGCGUUGGCGGGAUUAUACCACGGAUAAGUUGAUCAGUUGCUUAGAUAUGUUUAAAAAAUAAAUUUGCAA